UGCCUUAACAUGUAGUUCAGUUUGUUUCAAAUAUUCGUUGAAAAAACAACAAAACAAAAAAAAGAAAUAUAAUGACUUCUAUAAUUCAACCGGACGGCUUUGUUCCGCAGGCUCAGGGCAUCGACGCAGCCAUACCAAUAUGGUUGAAAAUAGACUGGAGCCCGGAGAUAGAGCAGGGCAUUUACAAGGACUGGGGAACAUACUACUGCCGCCGGCGCCGGGAGAAUCUCGGCAUGCACUACUUUGACAAAGCCCUCAAGCUCAGCCCUGCAGACUUCGUUACUUUGUACCGCCGGAGUCAAAGCAAGCGCAAGAAUGCCCUGGCGGAAAGCGCCCUACAGGACUGUUUUGAAGCAAAGCGACUGCUGAAAAAUUUGCAGCGUGAUGACGCGCCUAUUAAUUUGGAAGUAUGCGAUGCACUCUAUGAUCUGAACCGAUUCGAAAGUGCCAAGGCCGAGCUCCACGACAAUGCCCGCUUCUUUACUGGCAAUAAAUCGAAAAUGUUUGAGCAGCGUCUAGAAGUGGUGGACGGAAAUAUCGAAGAUGCCUGCGGUCCGUCGAUGACUCAGUUUAUAUCUGAAAACGAGAAACUUAUAGUACACAUAACGGAGAUGUUGAACGAGCACAAGGAAGACGAUAGGCCGCUUUGGAAAAUAUUGAAGGAGCAGGAGAAGUGCGAUGUGCAGAGCAUUCCGGAAAUCGAAGAAAAAUUGCUUUCUCCUCUUGAAAUCGCGAGGCGAAGUCGUGCAUUUAAUGUAUGUAACCAAAUGUUCAUUGAUAGGUCAUGGCUUGAUGUGGUAUUUCUGAAGCACGUUCGGAGGAAUCCCAAUUUGCUCUUGAAUCAAUGCAAAAGGAGCACUGAUUACCUGCAGCCCCUAACUCUAAAGAAAUAUGACGAGAUCAAACAUUUUUUGAAAAUGCUGGAGGCUCGAAGUCCAAUGUACAACAUCCGCUACCAGAAGUUCACAAACAAGAAAUUAAUGGAAAAGUUCCGCCAAGAGUAUCUUUACCGAGUUCAGUACCAAACGAGUCGAAAUAUGAAAGCAGCUCUAAGAAGUAUUCGAUAUCUUCGAAAAACUAAAAACUUAAGCAAAUUAACCAGUUACGUGGAAGAAGUAAUGGGAGACUAUGGGGUAAAAAAAACCAAUAGGAUUAUGCCCUGGAAAUUCGAAUUCCUGAACGAAGUAUACAAUACCCUGGCGUUGGCUUAUGUCGAUCAGUAUACGGUUCCGAAGAACUUUCGAUUUUCGGAGAAGAACGCACUGCUUCGUUUACUUCGCUUUCCCAUGGAGAAAUCUUUGGAGGCAAAACCAUUCGUAUUUGGGGAUCGUACUACUCAUCAGGGCACAGCCGUAGAUCCGGCCGUCACGAAAUCGCGUCAGAUAGUAAGCCGUUUCGAGCGCCGUAUGGUUUUUGCCAAGCACUCGAUCGAGAGAGCAUACUUACUUCAUCAAAUUGCAAGUACGCAUCUUCACUCCCAUAGAUUUGACGAAUGCUGCUUCAGUGCUCGAAAGUCCAUUGAAGAGGCCCACAACUGCAACAGCUUUAUUUGGCAGUUUCUUAGCUACCUACUUAUAAUUAAAGCAAAUGCCGCCCUCCACAAAGUAGAACGGACCAGCGAAGCCCUAGCCAAGGCAGCUAGUAUUGCCAUCAAACUGAAAGAAAAGGAAAUCAACCAUUUUGUAAAUGCCUGUAUAAGCUGCAACGAGGAGGAAUUUAUCGUCAAGAAGCAAAGUGUUUUUUCAAAUAGCAGGCGUGAUAGUGAAAAAUCAGUGCGCAGUACCCUGUCCAUGCCCCAAAGCGAUUAAUAACCUUCUAUAUAAAAUCGUUUUAUAUUAUAAAAAAUAUCGAAUAAUAAAUUCUCAGUGUAGUUGGUA